ACCAGCUGUUUGAAGAGAGACAAAGCCACGCCCCCCCUGCCGACCCUGCCACGCCCCCCCAGCGACCCCUGCACCCCUGCCAGCCUAGACACACACUGACAGGGGCCUUGGCAGAGGAAAUAGGUGCAAAAUAAGGCUGUGGGAGGAAGAAAUAAGCAAUGACCCACCGGCCGUCUCGCACAACCCCAUCCUUAAAGAAAUUCUCGGUGAGUGACAGGGACAUCUUGGACCGUCGAGUGCGGACCAACCCUCGGUACGCUGGUGUGCAGGCGCGGACCAACACCGGCUUCAACACACACCGACGCCAGGAGCUGGACCGAGAGAUUAGGAAGUACUAUAAGGUUCGCUAUGAUGAAGACUUCCGAAGAAUAUCACUAGGCGAUCUAAUACAGCUGAUGGUGACUCAUGCCCUCGACGCAGCAGCAGCAGUAGAGGAGGAGGAGGAGGAGGAGGAGGAGGAGGAGGAGGAGGAGAGGAAGAGGAGGGAGGAGGAAGAGGAAGAGGAGGGGAAGACACACAGAUUUCCUUUGAAGUAUCAGGAUGAAUUGAAGGAAGUCGUACAUGGAAUGGAGGAUAUGAUGGCUCACAGUUCGAAGUCCGCCCCACGCCAGCCGUACCUUAUAGUGGACAUCCGAGCACCACAAGACUACAAUACCAGCCACAUUGUCACAGCAGUUAACCAUCCGUCCGCUAAGCUCUCUCGCGCAGUGGGAUGGGAAAGUGGGCCAUUACUGAGCCACAAAAACUGCUUGGGGACCGUCAUCGUGGUCUGUGACGAAGGGGAGGAGUCCGCACCGCAGUCUGUGUCCAUUUUACAGCAUAGGGGUUACAAUAAUGUCCUAGUUUUGAGCGGUGGCUUAAAACUCGCAAGGGACAAAUUAGGAGCACCAUUCAUAACUUCUACGGCUUCUACUGCGACUGCUACUGGUUUGCCGCUUGAAAUGGCGCUGCUACUGCAAGAUCAGCUCUCGGCGACUGUCCUCCCCCCCCUAACAGUGGCAGAAGGGCAGCAGUGGUGGGACAGUGGUGAAAAUAAUGGAACUUCGCAACGAUCUACUCAACGUUCUUUCGAUAAUGUGGUCACCAGGAAACCUUGGCGGUAACUGGCUAUUAAGGUUCCUUCGACAGAAUUAUAUAAAAAGAACUGGCUUCUCUAAAGGACCUCCCUGUCUGUCUGUCUGUUUGUCACUCUCUCUCUCUCUCUCUCUCUCUCUCUCUCUCUCUCUCUCUCUCAUCUCUGUCUCAGUCUGUCUGUCUGUCUGGCUGUCUUCACUUAGAUUAGAGAUAAUUGUACUCUCUCUCUCUCUCUCUCUCUUUACCAUAAGAAACACAUGUAGAGCUUUCUUUAAUGUGAGUGUGUGUGUGUGUGUGUGUGUGUGUGUGUGUGUGUGUGUGUGUGUGUGCGCGCACGCGUUCGCUCAGGUAAAAAUAAACUCAUGUGCUUAUUCUUCCAAACCAUGUAAAGAUGUGCACACACACACACACACACACACACACACACACAUGUAAGUCUUUCCACUGUAGCCUUAAGGGUGUGUGUGU